AUGGUCAAUUCUUGGGCAAUCAUCGCAUUUGGACUCUGGUCUAUGAUUGCGGCUUCACCAAUCAAACCAAACGCUACGACCUCAGUUGCCCCAAGAUCCGGUUCUUCUAACACCGGCCGAUGCUCAUCAGAUUGCGGCAAACGAAAUUUUGUUUUCACAGGUCUGCCUUGGAAUCAUCCUGCUGUCGCAGCAAGUGGAUAUACUCCCAAGCAGGUGGAGGCCGGCAUCCGGGCAGACAUGGCAGCAAUUAUAAAGGCCGGCUAUAACAUCAAGGCUGUUCUUCUUGGUCCUGAAGAUGGCUUGGACUUUCUUUCAGAUGAACUGAAGGGUGUGGACUGGAUCGGAACGGGUGUUGGUUUCGGGGUUCGGGGGAAUCCGACGCCAGUGAUCACGCGCCGUCUCAUGGGUUUGCUUUUCCUCUGGGUUAGGCAUUGUGUUGUGUACUAA